AUGGCGGGACGAGGAUACAACACUUUCCAUGGCUUCGACGCCGGUGCACCACCCCCAGGUUUCUCCCCCGCACAACCACACGCCGCCCAGUUUCCAGGCGUCUAUGGCUUCCCUGUGCCCUACCCCAUGCCAAUCCCAAUUGGAGCUCCUCCACAGCCCAUAAUAGCCCCCCCUUAUUUCAACGGCCAGCAAUACCCAGCACCCCCUCCAUAUGAUCAAACCAUCCCCGGAAUCCACCUCCGAAACCACACUGGAGACGUCGGCGUCCCAUGGGGCUACGACUACCUGUUCCCAAAAGAAAACUGCCCAAUACACGUGUUUAAGACCACCGCCAAACCAUGGCAGAUAGACACGGCUUUGCAUUCGUGGGAUGAUAGGCAGUUUGUUAAAUUGCUUGUCCCAGUUACUACGACCAUCAAGGAACUGAUGCAGAAUCUUGGAGCGAAUAAUGCGGAUCCGAAGAAGAAUCGGUUAUAUGAGAUUGCGGAGGCUGGGAAUGGGAAGUGGCUUAAGGGGAUGGAAAUUGGGGGCGACGACAAAGACAAAUGCAAAAAAGUAAUCAAGGAUUACGGCUGGGACCAGACUAGGACAGGCAAACUCGGCGAGAAACCGCUCGUCUGGCUCUAUAUCACCAAGGACUAA